AUGGAAAACAUGUCCGAGGAAACCCACGGCGAAAUGACGGAUCCACAGCACGUCCACCUAAGGUAAGGAGAAAAAAACGGUUCAAGGGGUCCCUGUGUGAAGGUGUUUCUAUAAAACCGCGCCUCAACCUUUUUCUUUCUGCUCCUUUUCAUUCACAUGAAAAUUUUUCCUUGUUUGUAUUGAAUGUGUCAUAUACUAACAGACUGAAAUAAAGUAUGUACACAGCGCCCUGACUUUAUUGAAAUGAAGUCAUGUGUUUGGAGGUUAAGGCUCUGUUUGUGUAGAUACCAACAGUUUGGGUCGGGUCAGAACUGCUGACAUUCAUACAGCUCAUUCAGACGACUCAGAGAAUGAGAGUAUUUGGAAUUUUCCAAUAUUUAUCAUGUCUCAGAUUUGUGCACAUCAGUUUGUGAAUGACAGAUAUUGUAUAGAAAGACUUAGCUUUCAGACCCUUUACAACAAGAUCUUCAGUGCUUCUCAUCUUUUUCUUUUAGCUUCCCAUCUGAAAGCUCUGUGGAGGAAAUGGCUCAAGACAGACCAGAUCAAGAUGAGACAGAGAAAACGGAGAUUGAUAACAGCAUCAUACAGAGACUUCAAGACAGACCAGAUCAAGAUGAGACAGAGAAAACGGAGAUUGAUAACCGCAUCAUACAGAGACUUCAAUCUGGCUGGAUAGGCACUCUUCAUGUCGUUUUCCUGGUGCUGCUUUUAGUCCUAAUCACUGUCAUUGUUGGCCUGAGCAUCAAUGUUAAGCAGUUACAGAAAGAAAGGAGUCAGCUGAGACAGCUUCUAGAAUCAACACACAUGGGACUGAACCACACCAUGGAAGUAAAUCAAAAAGUGAGCCAGAGUCUGAACUUCACCGUGGAAGAAAAUCAAAAACUGAGGCUGAGUCUGAACUACACCAUGGAGGAGAAUCUGAACCUGAGCCUGAGUCUGAACAACACCAUGGAAGAAAAUCAGAAAUUGAGCAGAAGACUAAACUACACCAUGGAAGAAAAUCAGAAAUUGAGCCUGAGUCUGAACUACACCAUGGAAGAGAAUCUGAACCUGAGCCUGAGUCUGAACAACACCAUGGAAGAAAAUCAGAAAUUGAGCAGAAGACUAAACUACACCAUGGAAGAUAAUCAGAAAUUGAGCAGAAGACUAAACUACACCAUGGAAGAUAAUCAGAAAUUGAGCCUGAGUCUGAACUACACCAUGGAAGAUAAUCUGAAACUGAGCCGAAGACUCAACCACACCAAGGAAGAAAAUCAAAAACUGAGCCUGAUUCUGAGCUACUCCAUGGAAGAAAAUCAGAGACUGAGCCGAAGACUAAACCACACCAUGGAAGUAAAUCAAAAAGUGAGCCAGAGUCUGAACUUCACCGUGGAAGAAAAUCAAAAACUGAGGCUGAGUCUGAACAACACCAUGGAGGAGAAUCUGAACCUGAGCCUGAGUCUGAACAACACCAUGGAAGAAAAUCAGAAAUUGAGCAGAAGACUAAACUACACCAUGGAAGAUAAUCAGAAAUUGAGCCUGAGUCUGAACUACACCAUGGAAGAUAAUCUGAAACUGAGCCGAAGACUCAACCACACCAAGGAAGAAAAUCAAAAACUGAGCCUGAGUCUGAGCUACUCUAUGGAAGAAAAUCAGAGACUGAGCCGAAGACUAAACCACACCAUGGAAGUAAAUCAAAAAGUGAGCCAGAGUCUGAACUUCACCGUGGAAGAAAAUCAAAAACUGAGGCUGAGUCUGAACUACACCAUGGAGGAGAAUCUGAACCUGAGCCUGAGUCUGAACAACACCAUGGAAGAAAAUCAGAAAUUGAGCAGAAGACUAAACUACACCAUGGAAGAUAAUCAGAAAUUGAGCCUGAGUCUGAACUACACCAUGGAAGAGAAUCUGAACCUAAGCCUGGGUCUGAACAACACCAUGGAAGAAAAUCAAAAACUGAGGCUGAGUCUGAACUACACCAUGGAAGAGAAUCUGAACCUGAGCCUGAGUCUGAACAACACCAUGGAAGAAAAUCAGAAAUUGAGCAGAAGACUAAACUACACCAUGGAAGAGAAUCUGAAUCUGAGCCAAAGAUUAAACCACACCAAGGAAGAAAAUCAAAAACUGAAGCUGAGUCUGAACUACACCAUGGAGGAGAAUCUGAACCUGAGCCUGAGUCUGAACAGCACCAAGGAAGAAAAUCAAAAACUGAGCCUGAGUCUGAGCUACUCCAUGGAAGAAAAUCAGAGACUGAGCCGAAGACUAAACCACACCAUGGAAGUAAAUCAAAAAGUGAGCCAGAGUCUGAACUUCACCGUGGAAGAAAAUCAAAAACUGAGGCUGAGUCUGAACUACACCAUGGAGGAGAAUCUGAACCUGAACCUGAGUCUGAACAACACCAUGGAAGAAAAUCAGAAAUUGAGCAGAAGACUAAACUACACCAUGGAAGAAAAUCAGAAAUUGAGCCUGAGUCUGAACUACACCAUGGAAGAGAAUCUGAACCUGAGCCUGAGUCUGAACAACACCAUGGAAGAAAAUCAGAAAUUGAGCAGAAGACUAAACUACACCAUGGAAGAUAAUCAGAAAUUGAGCCUGAGUCUGAACUACACCAUGGAAGAUAAUCUGAAACUGAGCCGAAGACUCAACCACACCAAGGAAGAAAAUCAAAAACUGAGCCUGAGUCUGAGCUACUCUAUGGAAGAAAAUCAGAGACUGAGCCGAAGACUAAACCACACCAUGGAAGUAAAUCAAAAAGUGAGCCAGAGUCUGAACUUCACCGUGGAAGAAAAUCAAAAACUGAGGCUGAGUCUGAACUACACCAUGGAGGAGAAUCUGAACCUGAGCCUGAGUCUGAACAACACCAUGGAAGAAAAUCAGAAAUUGAGCAGAAGACUAAACUACACCAUGGAAGAAAAUCAGAAAUUGAGCCUGAGUCUGAACUACACCAUGGAAGAGAAUCUGAACCUGAGCCUGAGUCUGAACAACACCAUGGAAGAAAAUCAAAAACUCAGGCUGUGUCUGAACUACACCAUGGAAGAAAAUCAGAAAUUGAGCAGAAGACUAAACUACACCAUGGAAGAUAAUCAGAAAUUGAGCCUGAGUCUGAACUACACCAUGGAAGAUAAUCUGAAACUGAGCCGGAGACUCAACCACACCAAGGAAGAAAAUCAAAAACUGAGACUGAGUCUGAGCUACUCCAUGGAAGAAAAUCAGAGACUGAGCCGAAGACUAAACCACACCAUGGAAGUAAAUCAAAAAGUGAGCCAGAGUCUGAACUUCACCGUGGAAGAAAAUCAAAAACUGAGGCUGAGUCUGAACUACACCAUGGAGGAGAAUCUGAACCUGAGCCUGAGUCUGAACAACACCAUGGAAGAAAAUCAGAAAUUGAGCAGAAGACUAAACUACACCAUGGAAGAGAAUCUGAAUCUGAGCCAAAGAUUAAACCACACCAAGGAAGAAAAUCAAAAACUGAGGCUGAGUCUGAACUACACCAUGGAGGAGAAUCUGAACCUGAGCCUGAGUCUGAACAACACCAUGGAAGAAAAUCAGAAAUUGAGCAGAAGACUAAACUACACCAUGGAAGAGAAUCUGAAUCUGAGCCAAAGAUUUAACCACACCAAGGAAGAAAAUCAAAAACUGAGCCUGAGUCUGAACAGCACCAAGGAAGAAAAUCAAAAACUGAGCCUGAGUCUGAGCUACUCCAUGGAAGAAAAUCAGAGACUGAGCCGAAGACUAAACCACACCAUGGCAGAAAAGUCACAGCUUCAAGUGCAGAUUGAGGAGAUGAAAAUCAUAUUGAAUUCUACUAUGGAAAACCGUGACUCUUUCAGAAAAGACAAAAUCAAAUAUCAACAGCUUUUGAUCAAUGAAAGGCAGACCUCAACUCAACUAAAAGCUGAAAAUCAACGUCAACAAUCAAUUCUGAUGUCGGAGAAACUAUCUUUCCUCUGGAGAUUCUGUGAUAAAGGCACCCUGCAAUGUUCACGCUGCCUUCCUGGUUGGGCCGAGCACGCCACACGCUGCUUCCAUUUGGCAUCACAACCAAUGAAGUGGGAAGAUGCUCGUAGGGAGUGUUUUAAUGAAGGUGCUGACCUGGCUGUUGUCUUGAAUGCUGCAGACCAGGCAUUUCUGACCAACAUGACUUUCCAGUUUACACAGCAGCAUCCAAAUGUACUGUUCCAUUCAGCAUGGAUCGGGUUGCAGGACAUGGUGCAGGAUAACAGAUUUGUGUGGGUAAAUGGUAUCAAGUCCAAGUCAGAUUUGAAGUUCUGGAUGCCUGGAGAGCCAAACAAUGCUGCGGCUCAAUGGGACAAAGACCGUGCAGGACAGGACUGUGUUGCCAUUGUCCCUCCAAAGACUGUUGGACAGAAAGGCUGGCUGAACUCCUGGGAUGAUAUUGUCUGUCGAGGCCAGCGGCACUACAUUUGUGAAACCAAAGCUCUUAUUUUGUCUCUGGAGUGA